CAAUACGGUUUUUCAUAUUAGUUACAUACACUAACGACGAGGGAGACAGACAGGGAGGGAAGCGUUGUAAUACCACCAACAUACAAAAUACAGAAUGGAGUCUCGCUUCACACACAUGUACAAACGAGACAGCAGCGUCUCCAUGAUACGUGUAAAGAUGUCUAGGCGGCGCUCUCAAAUACAGAAAGAAAACAGGGAGAAGAUGCAGAACGUCCGGCGAAACCUGGACCACCUUCCAGAGCUGGAGCUAUCUGUGGAUACUUCAGUCCUUGAGAAAUCAGUCGUCCACGCUCAAGAGAAUGGACACCAAGCACAGGCAGAUAAAGUUAACAGUGCUGCAGAAGAGAGGAAAAAACUGCUUGAACGCUUUAAAGAGAAAAAAGCAAUGCAGAAGGAGAAAGAGAAGCGUGACAAGGAAAAGAAAGGCGUCUUUAAAGUUGGCCUCUACCGCCCGCAGCCCCUGGGCUAUCUGCCUGUAAAUCCUACAGUACCAACCACAGCAAAGGCCACGGAGUCUGUGCAGCCUGCCAGAGUGACCCGUUCUAUGAAACAGCAGCCGCAGCAGCAACCGCCAAAGCUGCCAUCUCAGAAACAAGCUGCACCAAAAAAAGUUAAGCUGGCAACCAGUACAAGUGCUAAUAAGACCUCAGCCCCAGCCAGUGCCAGAAGUGGAACUGCAGCAGUUGUGCCUGUUGUCAGGGGCCCGACUACCCGAUCAAGAGCAGUGACUAAACCUCCUUCAGAGCCUGGGAUUCUGAAAACGAGGUCUACUAACAGGCAAGCAACAGCAUCCUCUGCAGGCAGAGGAAAGCCAGCACAAGGAGAUAUUGAACCUUUGCCUGCUCUAGAAAUUAAGCCUGCUGAUGCAGUCCCAGCAGUGAAUCCCUCUCCUGUGAAGGAGAUGAUAAUUGAGGAACCCACAGUGACUCCAACUUCAUUUGCUCCUCAAGGAUUUGUGUUUCAGCCUCCUAGUGGUCUGAAAACCUUCCAGCCUGCACCACUUUCUCCCCGCUCAGCUGAUGCCUUCCUGUCACCCAGCCUUUCUUUUGAAACCAAGAUUGAGUCUACUAUUCCAUCUCCCCCACCAUUCAACACUGAUGCUGCUGAUGCUCCUCCUCCUCUUACCUCACCUUCAUCCUGCCUGUCUAAACCUUGUCCAGCCCCUGUAUCUCCCUGUGUUUCUACUUCUCCCCCACCUCCUGCCUCUCCUCCAACAUCUGCCCCUCCUCCAACAUCUGCCCCUGAAGAGCCUCAGCAUGAUGUCCCAUAUUUCAGGUCUGUGAUGGCUGAUGAGACAAAACGGUUGACUGGGCUGUCUGAGAUAUGGGAACUGCGAUUUGAUGAUUCUUCCAUACCAGAAGAAAUGCGGGACCGCAUGCGUACAGCUGUAGGCCAGGCCAGACUUUUGAUGAAGGAGCGCUUUGACCAGUUCAGCGGCCUGGUGGACGACUGUGAUCUUGGACGCGGGGAGAAAAUCACUACCUGCACAGAUCUGCAGGGGUUCUGGGAUAUGGUGUACUUUCAGGUAGAAGAUGUCAAUAAGAAGUUCAAUGCCUUAAAGGAAGCAGAGGCCAGAGGAUGGCAGGAAGAAUUGAAGCCUGUUACCAAGCAGAAAAAAGUGAUCAAGAAACCCCCGGUGGCAGGCAGUAAGACUGGAGCCAGUGCUGCUGCAAAGAGUCGACUAGCUGCUGUAAAAGCUGCCAUGAAGGCCAAGCAGGCAGCAGAGAAAGCUGCUGCAUCUUCAGAUGACGCUGCUGCUGCUGUGUCUGAUGCCCCAGCUAACUCUCUGCCAGCCCAGACUGUGGUGUUUCAAGGAGGCUUCUUCCAGGUGGAGAGUCCAGUCAAAGUAGUUGGUGCUUCUAGACUUCGUCAGGGUGCAAGUCCCUUGCCCCAGUCUUCUUCUCCCUUUGUGUCUAGAUUAAUCACUCCAAGCAGAGCGAGCCGAUCUGCUCUCUCCUUCUCCUCUCCUAAUCCACGCAGGACUAACACUUCUACUGAGGUAGCUCCACCCACUGCACCACCUGCUGAAGUGCCACACCCAGCUGCAUAUACUGCCUGCACCCCUCAGCGCCCUACUGAACCUCAACACUGCUCUACAGAACCACUCCAUAUCAGCCCUGAGCAACAGCAACACAAACCCACCCAUCAUGCAUCGCCUACUGGAGUACAACACACAGAAUGCAGUCAGCAUGGCCACGACACAAGCGACAACCCCUCGCAGAUCCAGUCAGACAUUCCUAAUGCACCAGCAGACUGUCCAAUGGAGUCAUCAGAGAUCCAGCCACAAGCCAGUUCCCCCUGCAGGUCAGAGGCUGAACUGCAUGGCUGUCCACCUGAGCAGUUGGAUGUUGGUACAGAACCUGAGGAACGCAUUCCAGAAUCUAAUGUGGCGUCUGUGUCACUCCAAGAUGAAGCAGACAGGCUCAUGGUUUCUGAACAGGAUGAAUUCCUGUCAGCCGGUCCAGCGGCAGAUGAUUCCCCUGUUAAAGCUCACAAACUGAGUUUCACCCUUUCUCCUCUUUCAUCUAAACCAACAUCUCCACGAGUAGAGAUGAUGGAGCCCUGUGUCUCCGGCGACUUCAGUCCUGCUAUGAUGUCCACCACACCUCCACGAGUGUGUGGCCAGUCCCCAGCUCCUUCUGCUAGUGCCAUCAAUCCCGUCAGUGAAAGAUCUCCCAUCAGUGAAAAAGCUGAAAUGACUGAAGAUCCAGAGCCUGAGAGUAUUGCUGAUUUGGACUUUGAACGAUACCUGCAACCGACAGCCCGUAGCAGCUUGUCUCCUGUGCAGAGCAUGGCCACAGAGAGAUUUUCAUUUGGGGCAACAGAUGCUGAGAUGGAGAGUCCUCAGCCCCAGACAGAGGAACCCAUUCAAGGUGUAAUGACACCAACAGCUUUCCCCACAAUGGCACCACAGGCUUUCACACCAUGGACUUCACAGAUGACAGACAACCUGCUGCCAUUCACCCCAGAGCAGAGGACCAGAGUGAGACAGUCUGUGUGUAACCGGGACCUCAUGUCUUUCACCCCACCCUCCAGUAAAUAGUACACCUAGCCUUUAAGAUGUAUAGAAACAUUUGAUCUUUUUCUUUAUUUUGCUUUUAUCGAUGGAAAUAUUGUUAAAACAUACUGCCUUUAAAGCAUUUUGUAUAUCUUUAGAACUUAGUUCUUAACCAAAUAAAAACAUGCUAUAUUAAACAA